ACAUUGUAGCUGUGUUUCAAGGCCUUUCUUCAGCAGACUUUGCAUUUGUUGCUUCAACAGCGCUUGCAAAUCCACAAAAAGUUGGUUGUUCAUCAAGUUUAAGCUGUAUCCUUUGUUUGUUGACAUCCUUCUGUCGGGGUUAUGCUAAACGUGUAAGACGUAUCUGAUUGAUUACUUGAAACUUAAAAUAUAUAAGGUAAUACGUUGAGGUCUUUCAAAAAUAAUUUCAUUUCUUUGUUUCAAUCCCCCGCAUCUUUCUUUGUUUGUUCGUCCUAACAUUACACUGGCUUAUCUAAACCUUGGUGUGCUUCCAAGACUUUACUUUCUUUUAUUUCAUUUUAAUAUUACCUCUCUCCCUCUUUUCAAUCGUUUCUAUCCUUUUAAUUUUGUUUAUCCUUUCCAAUGGCUUCAGUAACAGAGAAUGAGUUCUCACUUCCUUCACCCAUUCCAUCGUCUCCAAAUCCUUCUCAUAAGAAAAGUUGGAUGUCAAAACAUCCUAAUGGCUCUCUUAAUGUAGGGAACCCUCCCUUAGGUCAAUUCGUUCUAACUCCGGAGCCUUCCAGUAACACUUUUUAUCAACCAUCGUCGCCCAUUUCAGCCGUAAAACGGGAGCCUUUGACUCCCAUGUCUUAUGUUAGGAUGAGCGUGUCUCGCGUUAUUAAGAUUGGACGCUCAACACAACAAUGCGACCAUGUCCUUUCCACCACCGACAAGGCUAUUUCACGAGUCCAUGCAAUCGUUAUAUGCACACUUGACCGUAUGGUCGUUGAGUGUGUGGGUUGGAACGGUAUGAUUCUUACUGACUCUCUACGUAAAGCCGUAUACCACAUGAAAAAAAAUGACCGUGUUGUUUUGUUCCGUCCAGGACUUGACAGCUGCUCCAUUUUAGAUGUUUUUGGGUAUCGAAUGCUGCUUGGCUGGCCCGAAGAUCCUUUCGAUACCGAAGGAGAAAACUCUGAUUAUGAUUAUGGCACCAAUGAAAACGAAGCACCAAUGUCUCCCUCCACUCGUGAACACCUUCCUUUACUACCUUCUUCUCCUCCUCAAGAGUUUGGAACUGAUCCCGAACUUUUUGCUGCCCAAGCAUUGACAAAGGCCAGCACCAGAGACUAUAGCGAAGAAAAUGAACCUGCCAGAAAGCAUCGUAUGCUCGAUAGACUUAUUGAGGCUGGAAUGGAAGAGGGAAAAGCCAAUGCACGUGCCACUCCGGAAGUUGACAUGUCUAUGAUGAACAAAUCUGCAGCUAAAAUGGAAGAAAGUGAUCCCUAUCUUAAUUUUAAUCCCAGCACUGAAUCUUAUAGCUGUGAACCAAAUUAUGAACAACAAGAUAUCAAUGUAUACCAAGACGAAGAAGAUAAUAACGGCGAGUUUUACGAUAGUGUAGUACCAACGCCGGAAGAGCCCAUCGUCGUUCGCCACGACAGUAUAGACGAAACUCCUGAAAGCCUCGCAAGCAGAGAAAGUUUAAAGAACCUCAUUGCGAGUCAGGAAAUGGAAGACAGCCAAGAACCUCCUACUGCCAUUUUACCUAUUUCUCCCUACCCUAAUGAUGAAAACGCAAAUUCCAUGACCCCUAGCUCAUAUGACGAGGCAAAAGCUGAUUAUACCACCGGCCUGCAAGAAAACGGCGUUGCUACUGAACUUUCAGAGAAUUAUGUUGAGUCCUCAAAGGAAAAUUCGGCCCCUGAAGGUCUACUCAUGGGACUUAUUUUGGAUGAAUUGGUUUUUUCUACAACUUCUACAACGGCUUUGACGGUGUUGGCUCAUUUGUUCCCAAGCGGUAUGCCUUUGGCUGCCAUUCAGGACCAUUUGCGCGAGCUUGCUAAACAUUACCCAUAUCUAAAGGAGGUUCGACGUUUUGGAACAGAUGCCAAUGGCGAUCCUCUUUGGAGUCAGUGGUACUAUAGUCCGGAAGAAGAUGACGAUGAAGAGCGCCGUCAGCGCUAUGCACCGAUUAUGCGUCCUGUACGCUCUUCUCGCACAGUUCACAAGCAGUAUUUUUGGAAAAAGCCUCGUACUCGUGUGCGUUCAUCGAAUCACUCCUCUAGAAAACGCCGUUUGGCAUAAGCCGAGUGUUUGCUGGCAAACAUUUUUUGUCAUUCAUUAUUUUUCAACCGUGUUAGGUACUUACAACAAUUGGAUAAAUGUAGGUUUUUUGUUUUUUAAUUUUAUAUUUCUCUUUUUUUGAUAUACUUCUCCUUCGAAAGUAAUAAUGAUCUAAUGAGUUGUUGCGACGACAUUCUUUAUAAGUCAAUGAAAUAAAUUGGUUGAAAGUGUAUUCCCCUGAUCACCGUACUUAGCCUAUAUUUAUAGUAACUAGUCCUUUGGCUUGGCAUCCCAUUAUGUCUUAUUAUGAACCAUCGCCCAUUAUGUGCCUUUAUGAAUUCAUACCCAUUCAGUCAUUUUAUGAAUUUAUCUUUUGUUUACAAUCCCAUUAUGUCGUUUUAUAUGCAGGUAACAUUGCUACUUGUUCAUAAAUCAUCUACUACACCACCAAAAGUGUGGA